UUGCAUAAAGAAAUCUUAUUACAAGUUUUUUUUUCUUUUCUAGAUGAACAAGAUGAUCACAAUGAGGCUGAUCUGUUGCUGCAGUGCUUUGCUGCUACUCCUUCUCACUCCCAGAUCAUGUGAAGGUGGAAACAUCUUGGUCGUUCCUACCGACGGAAGCCACUGGAUCAACAUGGAUAUUCUACUUCAAGCUCUGCACUCCAGAGGACACAAAAUAACUGUUGUGCGAUCCAGCAAGAGCUGGUACAUCAAGGAUAAGUCCUCUUAUUACAAUUCCUACACAGUUUCUGUGGAGAGAGCCCUGGACAAGACGUUGAUCUCUAAACUUGUAUUUGAGAACAUACAAUUUGAACGAGGUGCCCUCCCCUUGACAAGUUUUCUCCAGUCAUCUAUUGGGAUGUUGGGACUGUUAACUGAGGCUCACAGAACUAUAGGUGAGUUUGCUUCAGCUACGCUGGAUGAUUCAAAGUUGAUAAAAACCUUAAACGAGAGCAAGUUUGACCUGAUGCUCACUGACCCUUGCUGGGGAGUUGGAGUUAUUUUGGCCAAAUAUUUGAACCUUCCUUUGGUUUAUAAUGUUCGCUGGUUGAUACCCCAAGAGGCUCAUCUUGCCAUCGCUCCAUCACCCGUAUCCUACGUUCCUAUAUUAGGAUCUGGAAACACUGAUAAAAUGACCUUCUUUCAGAGAGUUAAAAACAUGAUCUUAUAUUUAAUAAACCAGUUGCAAAAUAGUGUAGUAGUUACACAAGUAUACCAACCAAUAUGCGACAAAUAUCUUGGUCCUGAUUAUAAUUUUAAUCAGAUAUUGCUUGAUGCAGACAUUUGGCUGAUGAGAGUGGAUUUUGUGUUUGACUAUCCACGGCCCACAAUGCCAAAUGUUGUGUACAUGGGAGGGUUCCAGUGUAAACCUGCAAAACCUCUUCCUGAACAUCUGGAGGAGUUUGUGCAGAGUUCUGGAGAGCAUGGAGUCAUCAUCAUGUCUCUGGGAACAUUUGUUAGUAAACUUCCUGAUGACGUGGCAGAUGAGAUUGCUGCAACUUUUGCUAAAUUACCACAGAAAGUCAUCUGGAGGUAUGAAGGCAAGAGACCUGCCACUCUGGGCAACAACACCCUUGUGGUGGACUGGAUGCCACAGAAUGACCUCUUAGGACAUCCAAAGAUAAAGCUGUUUGUGGCUCACGGAGGAACAAACGGAGUCCAAGAAGCCAUGUAUCACGGAGUUCCAGUUGUGGGUCUGCCCUUGUUUUUUGACCAGCAUGACAACCUUAUCCGUCUGCAAGAUAAAGGAGCUCUUAAAACUCUCUCAAUAGCUACAGUGGACAAAGAUGACAACUUCCUGAAGGCCAUACAGGGAGUCCUAAACGAUCCCUCCUACAGGAUGAACAUGCAGAGACUCUCCAGACUGCACAGAGAUCAGCCAAUGAACCCGCUGGACACAGCACUCUUCUGGAUCGAGUUCGUCAUGAGACACAAAGGUGCUGCUCACCUGAAAGCCCAGUGUUACAAAAUGUCCUGGUUCACGUACCACUCUGUAGAUGUAGUUCUGUUCCUGACUGGGGCGCUGCUGCUCAUGCUUUUAUGCUCCUUCAUCUUCAUCAGGUGUUUAUGGAAUGUGAUGUGUAAGCAGAAAGUGAAACGUGACUAAUGAUGCAACAGAUAUAUGUGAAAAGUUAUUUGCUUGUAGUUUAAUCAUGUAUUUUUUUUAAACUACAAAAAAAAUCAUCUCUUGUGGUGGGUCUUACAUGUAAGAAAAUACAACCUCAGACAAUGACAUAUAACUUCUACCAUGCUAUUAUCUAUUUAACAAAAGUGAAGCCAAAAUAAAAAUAAAAAUGGAUAAACGUGUGGGCAGUACUAAGUACGCCCAUGAUUUAUUAGUUCCUGAAACCAUCGUUGGUUGCAGCAAUACCUUGAAGGAAUUUCCUGUAACACUGCUUCCAUCCAUUGAAGUUUUUGGUUUUUGCUCGUGCACAGCUCCUGAGGGCCUGCCACAACAUUUCAGUUGAG